AUGGCUGCCUUCAAGAACCUUUUGGCUCUCCGACGUCUACUACCCAGGAAACCAAUUGUGUUUGGACCUGCAUACAGUGGCAGGGAGACAUUGAACAGUGAUGGGUCCCUGCUGCUUCACAGUGUCAGUCAGAAAGACCGUGGAUUGUACACACUACGACUUCUGAGAUCAUACGGUACAAGUGAAGACGUACAAGUGCAGCUCCAGGUGGACAGUUCCCUUUCUGUGUUCUGUAAUGCUCUCACUUCUUCCCGACUCAUGAUCCAACCGGUGCUUCGGUAUGUUGCUGAAGGUGAAGACGUGCUUCUCCAAGUUCAUAAUCUUCCAGAAGAAGCUCUACUAUUUUCCUGGCACAAAUCAAACAAUGGGAGCCCAGCCCGUAAACUUGUAGUAUACAACAGAGACAAACCUUCUAUCUCCUGGGGGCCUGCACAGAGAAUAAGAGGGAAGGUGUUCAAAACUGGAUCCCUGCUGCUCCAGGAUGUCAUUGAGAGUGAUGCAGGGAUGUACACACUGGAAGUUUUAAACAAAGAUUCCAAAAUUGAAAGAGCAAAUGUGGAGUUUUAUGUAAAGAGUAAGUGA